AUGGCUGCCCCUAGUGUCCUCACUUUUGACGCUGAGGGUCGGGCCAUUGACUUUGACGUCUGGGUAGAUGACCUGCAGCUUUUCCUGCUGAGCGAUAGGGCAGACGGUCUCUCCCUCUUUGACCUCACUUCUGGUGCCUCUCCUGCCCCUGCUGCUGAUGCUGACGCCACUGUUCGCUCACAGUGGGCCACGCGCGAUGCUGCUGCCCGCCUUGCUGUGCGCCGCCACUUGCCGACCGCUGAGCGUGCGCACUUUAGCCAGUACAAGAGUGCUAAGACCUUGUACGACGCUGUAGUUGCACGCUACUCUUCCCCUGCCACUGCUGCGCUUAGCCGCCUCAUCCUACCGUACCUCUUCCCUGACCUCGCCGCUUUUCCCACUGUCGCUGACCUCAUUACGCACCUUCGCACUAGUGACACUCGCUACCGCGCUGCGCUUCCUGCUGAGUUCUGCGCCAAGAACCCCCCCCCCAUGUACAUCACCCUCUACUACAUAGUCACCCGGCUCCCUGACACCCUUCGCCCGGUCAGGGACCACUUCCUCUCUGUUUGCCCCACCACCCUCACCGUUGACCUCCUCGAGGAGCGCCUUCUUGCGGCCGAGAAGAGCAUAGUCGCUGUAGGAGCCUCUCGUGGUGACCCUCGUACCCCUGUCUUUGAGGGGUGCUCCCCCUCUCCCCUCCUGCCCUCUGUUGCCUCUGCUGCUGCGACCGAUCUCGUUGGUCUUGAGUCGGUCGCUGCGGCGUCUGCCCCUAGCGGGAGACGCCGCCCUGGCAAGGGCAAGGGGGGCAAGGGUGCUGGAGGAGCUAGCGGGGGCGGUGGAGGCGGAGGUGGAGGUGGUGGAGGGGGUGGGGGUGGCGGUGGGGGUGGUGGCGGGGGUGGGGGCGUCAAUGGAGGCAGUGGAGGCGGAGGCGGAGGCGGCGGUGGCGGUGGGAGCGGAGGUGGCGGAGGUGGCGGUAGUGGAGGGGGUAGCAGCGGAGGAGGUGGAGCUGGUCGGGGUGGCGCUGCACAGAGGGUUGGCUCCGGUGGUGGUCAGCGCCAGCAGCAGCAGCAGCGCGCUCGUGAGAUCCCCCCCCCUCAGCAGCUUUGUGAGUGGUACGCUGCACGUCAGCGGGGUGGGGGUACUGGCCCCUAUACCUACGUUCUCCGUACCAGCGACCGAGUGGGUGAGCAGUGUGGGGGAGCGCACUCCACCCAGCGCUGCUUCGGCCGUCUGACGGACGCGUGGCGUCACCAGUUCCCCGACGCUACUGAGAUCCCUCGCUGGGGCGAGCUGUCUAGGGCGGGUGUUGCGAUCUUUGAUCUUGAUUAUGAUGCUAUUCUUGCUGCCAUGUAUGCUGUGACUAUUAGUGAUGAGGGUGACUGUUACCGGUGUUUUCCGCCUGACCCGGGCAUUGAGGCUGCUGCGCUAGGUGCUUGUGAGGCUGCUGCUCUAGGUGCCAGUGAGUCUGCGCUCUCAGGUACUGCGUCGUCUCCGGACACCCACACCUUCACCCUUGACUCGGGUGCUUCCCGCUCCUUCUUUCGAGACUGCACCACUCUCACGCCACUCAGUCGGCCCGUUGCAGUCUCCCUGGCAGACCCCUCUGGGGGUCCUGUCCUUGCCCACUACUCCACUGUCCUACCGUGUCCAGCGGUCCCGUCUGGCUCCCUGUCGGGUCUUUACCUCCCCUCGUUCUCUACGAACUUGGUGGCGGGUGCAAACCUACAGGAUGGGGGGGUUGACCAGUUCACCCCUGCUCGUCAGCGGGUGACUCACUGCACGUGUGCAGACACGGGCCGACACUUGGCCACGUUUACCCGUCGGCCGGGGUCGAGCCUGUACACACUGACUACUGAGUCUCCUCCAGUCACUGAGUCUGCUCAGGUAGCAGCGUCGGGUCAGGUGUUUGCUGCGGCGUCCAGGUCUGGUCCUGAGUCUGCCCCCUGCUCGUGUCGUCUCCUGUCCCACCGGACUCUCCUCUGGCACCACCGCCUUGGUCACCCCUCCCUGCCAUGUCUUCGAGGCAUGGCUUCCCGUCUUCUUGUCUCUGGCCUCCCCCGGUCCCUCCCUCCCCUUCCUCCGGGGCCUGCCCCCACCUGCGUUCCCUGCGUCGAGGGGCGGCAGCGCGCUGCCCCUCACUCCUCCGAGUUUCCUCCGACAGAGGCUCCACUGCAGACGCUUCACAUGGACGUGUGGGGCCCAGCCCGCGUCCGUGGGCAGGGUCACGAGCGUUACUUCCUGCUGGUGGUUGACGACUACUCGCGUUACACCACAGUCUUCCCCUUGCGCAGCAAGGGUGACGUCACUGAGACCUUCACGCUUCCGGACUCUCCACAGCAAAAUGGGAUUGCUGAGCGCCGCAUUGGCAUGAUCAUGGACGUCGCUCGUACGUCCAUGGUCCAUGCGGCUGCCCCCCAUUUUCUGUGGCCGUUUGCGGUUCGGUACGCGGCGCAUCAGAUCAACCUUCACCCCCGGGUCUCCAUGCCGGAGACCUCCCCUGCUUUGCUGUGGACGGGGAAGGUUGGCGAUGCGUCUGCGUUCCGUGUCUGGGGAUCUCAGACGUUUGUCCGCGACUUGUCUGCGGACAAGCUGUCCUCUCGUGCUGUUCCCUGCGUCUUCCUUGGCUUCCCCCCUGACGCGCCAGGCUGGCAGUUCUACCACCCCACCUCGCGCCGUGUUCUGUCCUCCCAGGACGUCACCUUUGACGAGUCGGUUCCCUACUACCGUCUCUUCCCCUACCGCACUGCGUCCCUCCCUCCCCCGCCGCUCUUCCUUAUGUCAGGUCCCCCUCUGGUAGACCCCCUCCCCCCUCAGGGUCCUGCUCCCUCAGGUGUGUCCCAGGUAGAUGCAGUCGAGCCUGUCGAGGUAGCUGUUGACUCUGGUGCUGCUGGGGGUGCUGAGCCUGGGGGUGCUGGGUCUGGGGGUGCUGCGACUGGGGGUGCUGAGCUUGGGGGUGCUGCGCCUGGGGGUGUUGAGCUUGGGGGUGCUGCGCCUGGGGGUGCUGAGCCUGGGGGUGCUGAGCCUGGGGGUGCUGCGCCUGGGGGUGCUGAGCCUGGGGGUGCUGUGUCUCGGAGUGCGGAGCCUGAGGGUGCUGGGCCUGCUCGUGUGGCGUCUGGUGGUGCUGGGCCUGGAGGUUCUUCGGGUGCUUCGUCCCGGCGGGAGCUACUCUCUCCACAGGAGCUGCGUGAGUGGUUCGCCCGGCGCUGGCGGCGUGCUGCUGGAGCUGGUGGUGCUGCGGACGCUGGAGGUUCUGCUGCUGCUGAGGGUCCCAGAGGUGCUCGUACAGGGUGUACUGGAGCUGCUGGGCCCACGGAUGCUCCUCCUGCUGGAUCUGGUGGUGCUACUGGUGCUACUGGCGUUGGUGCUGCUGGUGCUCCUGGAGCUGGAGCUGCUGCGUCUUCGGGUGGUCCGGCUGGAGCUGGAGCUACUGGGGGUGUUGGCGCUGGAGGUGCUACUGGCGCUGGUGCUGCUGAGGGUGCUGGAGUUGGCGCUGCUGGAGCUGGGGGUACUCCUGGUGCUGGUGCUCCCGUUGGGGGUGCUGGUGCUGUUCCUGCUGGCACUGGUGGCGCUGCGCGGCCACGGCCGUACUUCGUUCCGCUCCUUGAGCAGGUUCUUGGUCUUCCGUCCUCUCUUGGUCCUGCUCCUGGCUUAGAGUGUCCGCCUCCUGUCCAGACUGAGUCACAGUUACAGCCAGCCUCCCCGCUUCCUUCUCCUUCUCCCUACACUGGUCCUACUGGAGGUCUUGCUGAGCGUCGUGAGCCUGCGUCUCGCCCUGCGUCGCCUGUCCGUGCUGCUCGCACUAGUGGUCGUGGUUCGCGUCAGCGUCCUCCCCCUGUCCCCGGCACGCACCGGAUGUCUCUGCGUCCUUCCACUGCUCCACUGCGUGCCCCUUUGCCUUCUCCUCCCGAGUCCUCUCUUCCUGCACUUGCUGACCCGGAGUCGGACUCCCUUCGUGCUGCGAGUCCUACUGUCACGCGUCUCCUUGCUACUGUCGUCACUGACCCUUCCUUUGAGUCUACUGCUGCGUCUGCCCUGGUUGCUGAGCUUGUCGACUUCGCUGCUCGCUGUCGCCUAGACUACGCUGCCAGUCUCGUCGCUGCGUCUGAGUCUGUCUGUCCUCCGUCCGUCGGGGGUGAGUGUGCUCUUGGCACGGACGUCCUUGAGGACAGGCAGGAGAAGUUCCAGUGCUUGGCUGCUGCUUCACCUCAUCUCGUGUCCAUGCUGCUUGCCCCUGAGGGAGACCCGGAUGCACUUGACAUCCCGACUCCGCGCUCUUACACGGAGGCGAUAGAGGGCACCUACGUUGACGAGGUUCCCCCGCCUGGGGCGAACAUCGUCAGUGGCAUGUGGAUUUUCCGGGUGAAGCGGCCGCCGGGUUCUCCGCCUGUCUUCAAGGCGCGUUACGUGGCUCGUGGCUUCAGUCAGCGGCAGGGAGUUGACUACUUUCAGACCUUCUCUCCCACCCCGAAGAUGACCACUCUUCGGGUACUGCUGCACAUAGCCGCUCACCGAGACUACGAGCUGCACUCUCUUGACUUCAGCACUGCUUUCUUGCAGGGCAGCCUGCACGAGGAGAUCUGGCUGCGCCGCCCACCUGGCUUCACUGGGACUUUUCCUCCUGGUACCCAGUGGAGCCUCCGGCGGCCAGUCUACGGUCUCCGCCAGGCGCCUCGUGAGUGGCACGACACACUGAGGGCUACACUUGCGGCUCUUGGGUUUGCUCCUUCUACUGCCGACCCGUCGCUGUUUCUGCGCACCGACUCUUCCUUGCCGCCGUUCUACAUCCUCGUGUACGUCGACGACUUGGUCUUUGCUACAGCUGACACUGCUGGACUUGCCUACGUGAAGUCCGAGCUGCAGAAGAGACACACGUGCACAGACCUGGGUGAACUGCGCAGCUACCUUGGCUUGCAGAUCACCCGGGACAGAGCACAGCGCACCAUUACCCUGACUCAGUCACACAUGGUGCAGCAGGUCCUUCAGCGCUUCGGCUUCACGUACUCCUCGCCUCAGGCCACUCCUCCUCCUACAUGCCACUCGCUCUCAGCUCUGCCUUCGGAUGAGUCCGUAGAGUCGAGUGGCCCGUACCCAGAGCUUGUUGGCUGCCUCAUGUACCUGAUGACCUGCACUUGA